ACGAGACUGCGCCCAUCACAGCGCGGAACAAUGGCAGCAUCCAGCUCUUGACUCACAGAUGGAGACGUGCUGGAGCUGAGGAGAGCGCUUCAGCGGAGAUUUUAACACACGCUCCUGCUGUCAUCAGGGAUGGAGCGAUAGAGGAGCGCGGUUCUCCAUCUCUGACGGGAGGCGCGUCCACCUGCUCUCUGACGGAGGCCCGGGAUGCGCGAGAUAACAUGCACAAGUGCCUCUGAUCACGGAAAUUAUUUCCACAUAUGAGCUCUUCUGUGGCGUUCAAAGCUCUGGGCGUUUAGAAAUAGGCACUGAUCUGGCAGCGUAAGGAACGGAUGAGUGAUAUAACAAGCACCACUCGAGCAGGACAGACUCCCAUUGAUGGACAGCAGACAAGCCCGGAUCAUCUCGCAGGCUUUAGGCUCAACAGAAACCAAUGAACUGGACCAGACGGGUUCAUAUAAUCUGAAGAGUAAUCUAAAGCUGUAUGUGGCCACAAAGCUGAAUGGUGUCGCAGAUGCUGCCUUACACACAUCCUCCAGAGCUGCUGCAGUGAGCACAAAGAGAGACGACUCGUUCUGCCUCAGUGCUAAAUUGGCCUUAAAGAAGCACCACUUACCACGGCCACUGUCAACACAAACUCCUUUAGAGGACCACCCGACUGAUGAGUCCUCAAACUACACAAUAUCCCUCACACCCUGUGCUGCCAAGUGCUUGAGCCCCCUGGGCCUUACCGAAGAACGCAACCAGCGCCAUUUCACCAUGAUUGAACCCGCGAGCAUUCCUGGGCUCACACAGGACUGUUUGAUUCAGCAGAGUCGCACCUGUUCCAGCUGCUUCAUUGAGACCAAGGAUAUGUCCAAUGUAGAGGCCAGCAUCAACCUCAAAAUGUCUGACAUGAGCCGAGACUACAGCACCUGCCCUAUCUCUGAUAUUAACAUGCAAUGCAUGAGCACGAGUGAAACGGGAAGUUAUGGAGACCAGCUCCUCUCGGAUCAGCUUUUGAGCUUUCCUGUCCCCAAAACUCAGCUAGGUGAGAAGAAGGACACCGAGAAAACAGACUUGGAUGAUUCGGCCUCCAAAAACCUGUAUGAGGGCCUGCUGUUAGACAAGUGCAAUGGAGAGGAUGGUUUGCUUAUUAAUUCAAAUCAGGACUGGGGCUACUUCGAGUCCUUCAUUAGUGAGAGUAAGAUGGAAUUGCUGGAUCUCUGCUCCAAGAACGAGCUCUCCGUAAAUCUCUUCUCUGAGGAGGAUGUGGAUAAUUACAUGUUUGAUGACGAUGAUGAUUCCACUCUGAGUAGCGACGUGUGCUCGUUAAAGAUCCGCUACGAGUCCUUCCAGGACAAUAUGAGGGAGAAAACCAAUGUUCUGCAAGAAGAAACCCAGUUCAACUUUUUCCCAAGCGUCUUGGUGAACUGUACCAAGAAAGAGUCUGGUGUGGCAAAACGAGUCGUGGAGGAGCUACCACCUAAAUCAGAGGAGCUCGGAUUACAAAGUGACAGCAAAGGAGAUGGAAACAGAGUAGAGCAGACACCUGAUUGCAGCCCCAAAAUGAACUUCUUCAUUGAUUCAAGCAACUCUGCUGAUGACUCAGGGGAGUAUAGUGAUGACAGCUCCUCCACCGUUUCCUCUUUUGACACCUUCCAAGACAACAGGCCCAAAAACUUGUACUCACGAAAGAACGCAAGCUGCUCCAAUCAUCUGAACUAUGGAUUGCGGGCCAAAAGAAAAGUUAGGUAUAGCGAUGACUACUUGUAUUAUGUCGAGUCUACCGAAGGAGAAAGAAAUGUUGAAAAGCGAGAGAAACCACCGAUUGGUCCAAAGCAAGAAGAGGAUCUUGACUGGUGCCCUAAAAAGAGACGAAAAUACUCUCGCAAGGAUCCACCUGUAAUAAUCAAAUACAUUAUCGUCAACAGGUUCAAAGGAGAGAAAUGCAUGGCUGUGAAGCUGGGCAGAAUCGAUUCAGACGACACGACUGUAAGCUUAAACGAGGAUACAAUCAACAAAUAUGAGAAGCUCGCACCUCUGAAAGGUUUCUGGCAGGAGAAACAGAGAGAAAGAGAGGAACAGCUUAAGCUGGCAGCAGGAGAUAAACACAAUUCUCACCACCAUGCCUUUAGUUCCAGUCCCCCCAAAAGGAAACACAAGCUAGCACACAGGCUCAGAAUUCAGAGAAUUCAAACUGUGGAGCAAUCACCCAACAGGCAGGGCCUCUUUGCCUCUGAUCCCAGGCAGGAGGUUGCUUCUACAGAUGAAACUGCCUCCAUGGGAAUGCCAUUAACAAUAGCCACCAGCUGUGCAAGCACAUUAGACCCAAAUGACAUCAUACACACUGCAGCCCGGAAGAGCAGAUCGCAAGAGAGGGAGGAAAGGAGAAUAGGGAAUAAAAUAUUCAGAAUACAGAAAUUCAGAAGUGAAGCCAGACUUAGGAGCAAGAAAAUGAGAGACCUUGUGGAGAAUAGCGAGAGCGUGACAGACCUGACAGAAGUUUGCUCGCUGCAAAAAAAUAUGGACGCAGUAGGAGGUGCUGAAGAUGAAAAUGUCAGCGCAGUUGCACACAGUCCCCAUUUGUGUGAGAGUCAAACGGCUAAUGCCACUGAAAAAUUUGUUUUUGUGUCUAGCACCUGCUCCCCUAACAAAGAGGCAUCGUCUGAGAAUGUGGCCCCAAGUGUUUCCGUUAUCCCGGGUGGCUACCUGCAAACAUUGUUAGAUGCAUCUGAUUCUUCAGGUAGCACCAGUGUCCCAUUUUUCCCCCAGCAGACCCAACGCUCGUUGGACCUCUCUUUGGAAAAGCAGCAGUUCACCUCAAUUCAGCUAGCGCAAAGCUGUGUCCUUUCUCCCCCAUCAGAAUCAGAGCUCCAGCAGUCGCCCCAGAAUUGUCCGACUCUCACCCAGAUGUGGCACCCCCAGCUUGGUCCCAACCAGCAGUUCGCCGCUACAGAUAUUGCUGAAUCUGCGAUCCAGCCCAGCAGCUUCACUGGAGAGAUGGCUAUGCCGUUGUCUGAGAGUCUGACCGUGUCAGGCUACAGCCAGCUGAGUCUGGAAAGCAACAGAAUGCUUUAUGAAAAGAAUUACAUGCCUGAGCAGCCAUUGCCUCCUGACGCUGAGUUUCAGGCAUGUCAGGGGCAGCCACAGUUUCAAAGACCCACACUGCACACAGACAACGGCCGGCUCAUCAGUUUCGACUCAGUUGGCUCGCUGUCAGCUACUUCUAGCAAUUACAGCUCUCUGAGUCUUAAGUCCUGCGAGAAGGAUGGCGAGGAUGAUGUGAACGAGAACUUUCUGGCCCACUGCAGUCCCAAACUGGUGAUUCAGCAGAGUAUCGAUGCAAUCACACCCCUGAGGGAGUCUACAGACUUGCUGGAUAUCUCUAACUUCACUCCGGAUAAAUUCAGACACACAUCAUUGUCAGAGCUCUCUCCCCCAGAGACUCCUAAUUUAUCCCCUCAAGUUAUGGGCCGUGAGAUGAAGAUAGCUGGGAACACCGCUGACCUCCAGGAUGGGGCUAAGAUGCCAUGCACCAAAGACAUGGACUGGAACUGCAAAAUGAUCGAGCAGCAAGAUAUGGCUAGAUAUUCAGUAGAUGGGCACGAUUUUCAAUUGCACAUUUUUAACGGCGAAGACAACUUAAGCCUGGGGACAAAGGAGGAAAAUCUAGCUGACUUUGAUGGUGAUAUGAUGAGUGCAAUCAAGGGGACUAAGGCAAAGAGGAAAAAUAGCAACAAACAAACUGCAGGGCAGGGUACCAAGAAAAGCAAAGCACCAAGAGCUCCUAAAACAGAGAAGGGCAAAAUUCCACGUCAGACUUCACGAGCAUCUAAAAAGUUAAAGGCCUUGCUGGAUGAGAAAGGUGGUAAAGGCCAGACUGAGAGCAUUGCUCAUUCGCUGAAGGACAGCGGCUCUGAGGAAUGGACAGGAAUAGGUAGUUCAGAGAGCAAAAAUCAAGUCCACGAUGACCAGCGAGAGUUUGAAGAGCCAUCCAACAUCUUGUCAAAUAUUGUCUCAGGGAUGGCCGAAGUACAGAGAUUCAUGAUGGCCUCCGUUGAGCCAAUAUGGGGCCCUACAGCAAAUAUCUGCCUGCCCUCAGAGGCUAACAGCCUUAAGUUAAAGACUCUCAAAAUCCUAGCAGGAACUUCAUCCGACCCCAAGAAGAAAGGCAAUUUGGCUACUGGGGGCACAAAGGGCAGAAAAGGUGGGACGAAAGGUGGCAAAAACCAGGCAAAGUUCAAUGCCUCCUUGCCUUUUUUCCCUCAGUUGGCUUUGGGCUGCAACAUGUUUGACAAACCUAACCUUGGUGUUCCUGGUAUAAAUGGACCAGCGCACAAAAAGAUGUACCGUCACAAAUCCAGUGCAAAAUUCCCUCGGAUUGAAAAUCUAAAGGGCACGCGACCUGAACGAGAGCCAAAUAAGGACAUAUCGUUAAUGGCAUCUUUUGAGAAACUGAGGUAAUAUUUUAUAUCUAGCUGCUGAUGCACGUUCCUCACUUUCCCACUUCCUCCUCAUUUCUUGACAUACCUACACUGACUCAAGACCAGAGAUGCAUGGAAUUACGUUAUCCUUUACUACCCCCUCCUUGUUUUUGCCCCCGAAGAGGAUAUUGAUAUCUUGCAUGAGAAACUUCUUGUACUCGCAAACUACCUAUUGAUUGAUUGUGCAAGGCUUGAUUGAGAUUUUAAAUGACCAUGGCUGCAUUUUUCUUCUGCAUUCUUGUUUUUGCUGUUUUCUUUUUCCCUCGCAGUUGCUGAUUAGUUUUUGUCUGAAGAAAAGGAAAAAAAAAAAAAAAAACUUUAAGUGCAAAUUCUGUUUUUGGACCUUUUUUUUUUGUUCAUUUCUCAGUGAAUCUUGCUGCCCUUAUGUAAUUAUAUUUCUCUCUUCAAACAUGUAGCUAUUAUAAAAUGUCUUUGUGUGAAACAAGCUCCCCAUUUGAUUAUGUAUGCUGAAACAGAUGCCCUCCUCUCUUUUUUACCCUUUUACUGCCUGACUUUUUUUAAGUGUGAAAUGCUCAGCCCCUUAUCUAGGAUAACAACAUCCUUCGUCGAUCCCUAAACAUUAACAGCACAACAUGGGACCAUUUUGUAUUGAAGACAUAUCAGAUUACUGUUGUUCUAAUUUCUUACUGUUGGAAUGUACUUAUGAUUUUCUCUUAUCUACUAUGCUUUUUACAGGAGUUGUACUGGAAAUUGUCUUAGAAGGACAUUUCUAUGCCAUGGAAAUCCCAAAACGCUCCAUUUUUGCUUUCUUUUUUAUAUUUUCAUUUAAAUAAUAAUAAUAAUUAUAAUAAUAAUGGUAUUGAAUGAUAAUGAUUAUUGACUGGACAAAUAUAUUACUACUAACAGAUUAUUAUUAUUAUUAUUAUUAUUAUUCAGUAUCACUGUACAGAAAUGCUCUGUUUAAAGCAAAACAUGAAAUCUAUCCGUGUGCCAAAUGUAAACUUUCUGUACACAUUUAUAAUCUGUAUGAAUACUGGUUGUUUCAUUUAAUAUCCUGAUGAAUGCUGGAUGUUCUCCUUCAAGACUUAGCAAGAUCAAGAUCUGACGUUUGUAUUUGGUUAGUAGUUUUGUUUUCUUUGGGGACCCUAUCGUUUGAAGAGCACCUGCAGCUGACAGUGGUACAACCACUCAACCAAAACAACUCAACUCUGAACUUUUUUUUUGUUCUACUCUUGUCACCUUAAUUAACAAAUUCAGUGUACCUCAGCAUUACGUCUGCUUGGAAUCAAAAAGAGAAGCAAAGAUGGACUCUUCUAAACACAGGAAGAAAAAUCAGAAAGGUGGACACGGAUAAUGUUAAUUGAGGAUGGUAUCUGUCUGGUAUCAGUCGACAAGCAAUUAUUUCGCAAUCUACUGUAACAGGAACUGUGAACAUAAUGUUUCAAAUUUUCCAUAUUUGUUGAAUGGAGUUUUUUUGAUGGUUAAGAAACUGUAAAGAAUGUCUCUUUUGCUUUAUCCCACUUUUACACGUUUCCCUUCCUGUUUUCCAUAAAUAGUUAAGUAGUAUCCUGUGCGAACAAUUACAUCUGACAAUAUUUUUCAACAUAUAUAUAUAUUUUUUUAUUAUAUUUUAAGUUUUUCGGUGAACUCUGUUUUGGUGAACAUGCUAUGUUUUAUUUCAUUCAUUUUAUACAACCCAGGCUCAUUGGAAAUUCGUGCUUGAGGUGAUGUUUCUGCAACGCCAAUAUUAUGUUUAUAAAAUAUCCAUGUUUCUCAGCAGUUUGAAAGUGAAAUGUCCAGUGAGUGGCGCUAAAAUGCUUGCUAAAUAUGUGACCAUGGCCAUGAUUUUAUUACAUCGGUACAGGCACAUAUUGUACAGUUUUUAUUACGUUGCUUCAGGUACAUAUUGCGGCGGUUCAGAAUUCAAAUGUCCAAGUAGUGUCGCUAAAAGGUUAAUGGUAUAUCCAUCAUGUUCCCAAACCAAACCAAACCUACCCGAUAGUGUUAAUGAAAGCAAAAAUGAUAUAAAACGUAUUCGCUGAUGUAACUGUGCUAUAUUAACGUACUUCUAUGUGGGUUUGAGCUGUUUUGUCUAAUGUUAGUUUCACAGGAUUAACACCGUAGCGCUUCACCAAACAAGUGCAACGCUGUAUCGGGUGAGCUACGGAGCAAACUUACUUCCGUUAGAAAAUCAUACACAUUAAGCUGUAUAUGUGAUGCUGACAUUCAAAAGUGUCAUUUUUCAAAUCUUGCAGCGUGUUAAAAUCGUUUUGGGGUGAUAACAUAAUAUUGUGCAAUAAAUUGUACGAAGUCGUCUGAGUUUUACUGCCUCUAGUGUUAAUUUUAACUGGAAACUGCAGCGAAUCGUACAUAUAGUUUUAUUUUUAUUUUUAUUUUUUUGAGUUUUGCAGAAAUGUAGGUAGAUGCAUGUAUUUCCAAUGCGCCUGGGUAGGUUUUAUUAGUGGCACAUUAGUGCCCCCUAGGUUUUGUCACUAAUUCCAUCUCAAUUCAAUGUAGCUGGAAAACCUUUGAAACCAAAUUCGUUCUUUGAAAAGCACCGAAUCCAUUGGCAUUUACCACACAUAGAUGAAUAAAAGACUUCUUUGAUUUAAAAUAAUCACUCUAGGAGGAUAUCUCAGGUAAAGUAAUGCCUUAUCUAUAGCUUUUACCUUAGAAAGAUUUCACUCCGUCCCCUUCUGCCUCCAGCCGGCCAUGUUUAGCAGCAGGAUGAUGCUGAUGAGGAAACUGCACAUGGGCCGCUCGCCCGUCUAGCCUGCCUUCUCUCAUUUCUGCCUGUUGUCAACUGAAUGUACUUCAAGUUUUUUACAAUGUGCCACUGUUAAGCUGCCUCCUCCUACUGGUGCUAAGAGGGUAACCGUAUUCGCCCAGAAAUUAUGACAAGGAUUAUAAGAAUCGAAACCCUACUCCUCUCUUUAUGAAUGUACAAUAUGGUUCUGUUCGAUGUUUUCACAACACAAUUCUUUGUCAUUAAUUGGAAUUGUUUUUGCCUUUUUGUUGGAGAAAUUAUUGAGCUUUAUAAAUAUUGUCUAGAGUUGAUACCAGAGGGAUUCUUAAUUAACUCUCGACAUCACAAAAAUAUUGUAUAUUUUUCUCUGUGCCAAUUUGUAAGAUAUUUUGUAAGUGUAUAUUUUUCUUAGAAAGUGCUGUGAAGUAUUAGUAUGUGUGUGUGUGUGUGUGUGUGUGUGUGAGUAACCUUUUUUGUGCCUCUGUAGGCAGUGAAAAGGAUGUAUAAUGACAAGCUUUUGGUUUUAAAAACCAAAAUAUUAAGAAACAAAAAAUGAAAAGAAAUAAAAAAGACUACAUUUUGUUGCAAGUUUUGUAAGAGGAAACUUAUCUUGUUGUGAGAGUGUUGUGUUAUCGUGGAAAACACUUAUAGGCAAAAAAGUACAGACAAAAAUUGUGAACUAUUCGCUGUUUUAUAGAUUUUCAUGUAAAUUAUUCUUGUAUCAUUUUAUGUUGUAUCUGUUGCAAAGGUUUUAAAUAUUUGUGAUCAAGCCUGUAUGGUGAAAUGUAAUAUUGGUAACUUGCUGAGUUUUGUAAUAAUGUUUAUGGAGUACAUAUACAAAUUAAAAGGAGAUUUUGAAUGCUG